AUGGCAAAAUCGAAGAAAGGCAAGUCGCCAAAGAGCGCGGGAUCCAAGAAUGGAAAGUCAUCAAAAAGCAAGAAUUCCAAGAAAGGUAAGGGAUCCCGGGAGUCCGGCAGAGAGCCCCCAAUGGACGCCGCAAUACAGACAGAACCAACCUGUGUCUGCUACAUUUGUUCUCGGGAAUUCAAGGAUUAUGCCGCUGUUCAGGCACAUCUCCUAUUAAUGGAUCAUUUUCCACCGAACGACGUUAUCAAUCAGCAAUGCCGGGCCUGUAAAAGGACUAUUUUUAUAAAGUCUGUAGAGAAACAUCAGUGCUGUGAACAGAAGGCCAAUUUCAUUCGAUACAUCCAACAUGAGUCGGUCCUGAAAAUGGGCCCACCCUACCGAUGCCUGCUCUGUCGUAGUCGACCCUUUGCCUCAAGAAUCGAUCUUUCCGUACACAUCAUUGCCUACCACCGGCCGGGUCGAGACAUUGGUUGUUGUGGUUUGUGUAAGUUCACUUUUCAGGAACCACCACCACCUGCACCGUCAAAGGUUCCUACUCCCCCAGCGGGUAGUAAUCAGGCCGCUAUUCUCCAGUACCAGAAGGAUCUACAGUUAGCGGAGGAAGAACGCAUGUGCGCUUUUGAGAAUGCAGAGAUACCACCUGGCCUGGUUGAUUUAGAUCGACACCUUAAAGAGGAUCAUUCGGCAGCCUAUGCACUUCUCGCUCGUAGAGCCCUGCUUACUAAGUUCCACUUGAGAGCAGCUUAUUCCUGUUGUCUCUGCGAUCAGGUCUUCCCAAACAACGUGGAAUUUCAGGCACACGUACUCUGCCGACACGGAGUUGAUCAGCCUAUCAAGUAUGAUCAUCGUAUCUGCUCCAUCUGCAAGGCAGCAUUCAUGUCGGAGAAGGCAUUCAACAUACACGUCGUAACUGGCCAUCAGCAUCAACUUAAUUAUUUGGCUAAUCUGUGGAUUCGGCGUGAGAUCAUGGUCAAUGCAACUGACGGUGGACAAACCUGUGGCACAUGUUGGCAAGUUUUCCAUGAGGACUGGUACCUUCAAGCGCAUAUAAUUGCAGCGCAUACAACUUCAGAUCCUUUGGUCUGCGGGUGGUGUCGUCAAGACUUUACCGGGUGUUCUGAUCCCAUAUUUGGUUUUGGGGCCUUCCAGCGACAUGAGGCCAACCAUGGGCGUUACAUGCAAGAGCGGGCCAUUGAACUGAAGCUGUGCUUUGAACCACUGCCCGAGAUACUUUCGGAGGACUUCUCCGACGAGGCCAUGGCUGCCGCUUUGGCGAAGAAAGUCGAGGGGGGCAAAUCUACCGGGGACAAAUCCAAAAGCAAAUCUAAGGGAAAAUCAAAGAAGGGCAAGGGCCGAUCGACCAAUUCCUCUCCCAAAAAGAAGAAGAAGAAGUGA